UGCAUCGACUCAGGAGGAGACCUCGAGUCAACCUCGAAGCUGUAUACCUUCAUCGAGAAUCAAAUUUUCCAACCCCCGACCUCGCGGGACUCGCCGCUAUGUCCAUUUCUGUUCCCAAUCGAAGCGCAGGUAGAUGAGACGAGCGAUAGCAAAAAGGGUAGGUUAAGAUGUUCUUGCUAUUUCGCUUCCAGUAAUAUAUGAACCCCCACCGUCCGUCUCGCAAUCCGAGUCCUUAUUGCCCGAUGGAGACGACGGUGUCGGAGAACAAGCCUGAACGCCGACCACCAUCGGCCCGUCGCAGCAACAUCGACUGGCUCUGGAUCAUCACCUUGGUUUUCCUCAUCACCAGUGCCGCGAACGCAGCCUACCGGUCGCUCCACGACCCCUCGUCGCUGGCGUUCGUUGCGUUCACCUACGCCGACCUGACCCUGAUCUUCCUCUGCCUCGAGAGAUUCGAGAAGCGGGGCGCCGGUGGCACGCCGCGGGAGAAGAAGCUGUUAAAGGCCGCGGUGUGGGCCCUCGUCACCGCUCUCACCUUCGCCUUCGCGUGGCGUGUGGCGAGAAUGAUGCCGCGAGUGCUCGCUGCCGUCGUCUGGACGAUGGCAGGAUCGGUCGCCCUCGGCGGGUUCUACGGGCUGUUCAUCUGCCGUCUUGCUAACGAGACUGCGGUCCGUCAUGUCUACGUUGGUGACGUGGAGCUUUCUCCCGACGAAAAGGCCUGAAGAAUACUUUCCCAGGUCUAUGGAGUUCACAUGAACCGCAUUUAUCUACAUUAUGUCUGUGGUCAUUAUACGGUCUUAUAUAUACGUAUUGUAUGCGUGAGUAAGAUGAAGACUCUUCCGGUUCAUGUAUCGUACGUGUGUUGCAAAUAAAGCACUGCAUUUUUCCUUCA